AUGGAUACAUCUCCUAGGACCUCUGUCGAGAAGCUCAUCCAGCAUCCAAAGUCACCAUCCUUAGAUGAAUCUGAGGGGUCGGACUGGGCAAAGGAAAGCCAACGUGAGGGACCAAGGACACGGCGUAGGGUACUUGUUAUUUCCCUGAUUGUUAUAUCAUUUCUUAUCAAUAUUGCACUCGCCAUUGUUGUGUACAAUGCUCCCCAAGGGCAGAAGUCUGAUGCAGGACAGGGACGGGCACCGGCCGACACUGCCAUCUCAAAAAAGUUGGUGAAAUUCCAAAACGGCAUCAGCAGUGAUACAACACUAUAUCAAGGAAUGCCGACCACAGAAAACAACCGACUAUGGAAGGAACUUUAUGCUCGUGAGCUUGUCUGGUACUCAACAAACCUUGUUAGCUUUAUACUGACCCUAUGUCUAAUCAAAGACGAAAUGACUCGUAUAUCCUACGAGGAAGCCCUUCAACUCCCCAACAAGACAUCACCCGAGGCACCGUAUGAGGGGAGCGGCUAUCUCAUCGUUUUGAAUGUUUUCCACAACUUGCACUGCCUCGAUUCGAUACGGAAGGCAUUAUACUAUUUUGCAGACCCCAAAUGGACCGCCGAGGAUAACCCAUAUAUACACAUGGGUGACGGAGGUAUCGAUUCGAUGCUACAGGCCAUUGGCAAAAAUAUGGGUAUCACCCACGUCGACCAUUGCAUCGAUGCCCUGAGACAACAUCAAAUGUGUUCUGUGGAUAUAACGCCGAAUGUCUUUCAGUAUAGCCCUAAAGACUUUGGCAUACGCGCAAUGGCAAACGUUGUACACGAGUGUCGCGACUUCGAAAAGGUAGAAUAUCCGCUCAAAUUAAAGAUUGGGCGAGGAACCGCCGGGCACCGCCUUUCAAGGGAUUUGGCGAUGGCGAAGCCGUAG